AUGUGCUCUAUCUCGCAAUUUUGUCUCUGUGCACACUCUAACACUCUACAACCAACAUCACUACAAAGUACCUUCCUCGCCAGCAUUCCACUACACGCUACGCUAACUACAGUGAUCAUGGUACAGAGAAACGAAUGUACAUUCUACAACUGUGUCCAGGGACUGCUGGAUAAGAAAGCGGCAAUCCAAACACAGGAGCGUCGCAUUGAUCAGGGUCUCCCGACCUGUGCCAUUGACCAAGUCAAAAAAAACCACUUGAUUCGGUUGCACUCAACGGUGCCAGUUCAAGUGAAAAACGUCCUUUUAAAUGUGUUCGUUCAACUUGAAAGGCGCGAGGAUAGAAGCAUGGCUUUCAUCUGCGUCUGCAGAAAGCCAUUCCUGGUAGGGGAUAGCCUGAGCAAGCAUUACAAGCGGGUCUGCGCCCAUUCCACCAUCCUGAUCAACGUUUCAGGGCUUCAACUUACUGACAGCGCUCAAGUUCUCCCUGAUGAUUUGAAGGUCGUCAAUGCCUCAGGAAGAGUGGUUGGUGCAGCUAUCCGAGAGUUCAUGCGGAGCUUGGGCAUUGUAAAUAUUCAACAGCAACAUGCACAGCGCACGCAAAUCAUGGCGUUUCAAGAGCAACAGCGCACGCUGAUCACGGCCAUGGAGCAACGGAUCCUGAGCUCUAUUGCCCAGAUUGCAGCAGGUCAAGGGCAGGGGCAAGCUGCGCAAGCUGCUUCUGCUUCUGCUUCUGCUUCUGCAUCUGCUUCUGACACCGGACCUUCCAAUCCGGUUUCUACAAGUAGAAAAAGAACGCGCUCUGACGUCCCUCAUUUUGGAACAUUUAGGCCCCCUAGUUGUAUGUCUCCAACUGAAAAUAAAUAAAAUAAAAAUUGCGGUUUGGUGGAGCGAGUGUAGAUCGAUAUAAAAAUUGGGCAGAUGUAGAAAUGGGAAAGCGCAUGGUCUCGCCUUGCUUAUCAUUUUCCACGAUAGUGAAAGCUAGGUAACUCCCUAUGCGUCGGCAUGCUUGCAAACGAUUGGAGUAUCUGGGGUGUCGAAGGAUCUAGGGUGAAAAGGGUAUUUUAUUG